UUUUGAAAUGAUUGUCCUGGCAUGGUUUCCGUACUUUAUAUGCACCUGAUUGGUUGGUUUCGCUGCACGCCGAGCACAAUCGUUUGUGAAUCGUUUAGCAGUUUAGGUGAAGAUGAGUCUCAGAAAACAAACCCCCAGUGACUUUCUGAAGCAGAUUAUCGGCAGACCCGUGGUGGUCAAGCUCAACUCGGGCGUUGAUUACAGAGGUGUUCUGGCCUGUCUGGAUGGUUACAUGAACAUCGCUAUUGAGCAGACAGAAGAGUACGUCAACGGGCAGCUCAAGAACAAGUAUGGAGAUGCCUUUUUGAGAGGAAACAAUGGUAAGGAAGUAUAUAUAUUUUUUAUAAAUAAAACUGUAUACAGCGACUUUUGUAAGUGGUGUCAAUGAAAAAUACAUUUCCUA